ACCAAAAAAAAAAAACUUUAAUAAACUAACGCAAAAUGUCUACGUCAGCGUCCAUCACCGAACUAGAAGUGGAGAACGUCGCCUUCCCCCCAAAGGUGAAGCCUCCGGGUUCCAGGAACACUCUUUUCCUCGGCGGCGCAGGGGAUAGAGGAUUGGAUAUCCAUGGGACAUUCAUAAAGAUCACCGCGAUCGGAGUGUACUUGGAAGAUAAGGCCGUGGAUUGCCUUGCUGGUAUGUGGAAGGGUAAGAACGCCGCGGACUUAGCAGAUUCCGUUGAGUUUUUUAGAGACAUCAUUACAGGUGACUUUGAGAAGUUCGUACAGGUAACAACGAUCAUGCCAAUAACGGGUCAACAAUACUCUGAGAGAGUAGCUGAGCAGUGCGUUGCCAUCUUGAGAUCUCAUGGAACCUACGCUGAUGCAGAAACAAAAGCCAUUGAAAAAAUCAUGGCGGCCUUCAAGUAUGAAACCUUCCUACCUGGCUCCUCCAUUCUUUUCACAAUAUCACCUCGUGGUUCCCUAACUAUUGGAUUUAUGAAAGAUAGGUUAGUGCCAGAAAAUGGGAAGGCAGUGAUAGAGAAUAAAGACCUUGGAAAUGCAGUGUUGGAAUCCAUCAUUGGUAAGAAUGGAGUUUCUCCUGCAGUAAAGCGAAGCUUGGCAUCCAGAUUAUCACAAUUGUUCCGUGAGAAUCUUAUGUAGAGUGUCAUUGUCUCUUUCAGACCAGAUGAUUUUGCUUUCUUUUAAAUCCUGUGUGGGCUAUGUCAAUGAAGCAAAUAAAAUUUAUGUUGUACUCUAGUUUCUGAGUCAAAUAUUAUACUGAAUCUGGGAUUUCUUUGUCGGAGGAAAUG